GGGCUCGGAGGACAAAGGCUGGCUGGAGGGACGACGCGGGCAGGGCGGAUCGUGCCAGCCCUGCAAGGAAGGAGCAAAGACUCAGUCGCCAGGCCUUGGGCGUCACAGGUUCUUCCUCCCUCUUUGACCCCAACACUCCGGAAUAAAUGAAGCCCCGCGUAACCUAUCAGCAGCUGAAGUUCCCCUCCCAGGAGCUGCGUCCUGCUGGCCGGACCCCUCAGGACUUCCACUGCCUCCUGGUGCUGGCUGUUUUGGGAACCAUGCUGGUGGCCGCCCUCCUGAUCCACACCUUCCUCCUUCCCUUCCGAGGCUCCGUCCAGGGAGAGGAUGUGAUGGCUGCCUCCUACCUGGAUGACCCUUGCCGUGACCCCUGCAGGUUCGUGCUGGUGGAGAGUAUCCCUGAGGGGCUGGUGUACGAGGAGAACAGCACCACCAACCCCUCCACCUUCCAGGCUUGGGCAAACCUCAUUGCGGAGGCCAGGAGCACUGUGGACAUCGCAGCCUUCUACUGGACCCUCCAGAACAAAGACACCCGCACCCACGACCCCUCAGCCAGCCAGGGGGAAGAGAUCCUGGCCGAGCUGCUGAAGCUGCCCCAGAGAGGCAUCACCCCACGGAUCGCAGUCAACCCGCCUUCUUCCAGGCUGCCCAGCACGGACCUCCUGGCCCUGGAGGAGAGUGGAGCACAGAUUCGCAAAGUAGACCUGCCGCGGCUGACAUCUGGAGUCCUCCACACCAAGUUCUGGAUCGUGGACCAGAUGCACAUCUACCUCGGGAGCGCAAACAUGGACUGGCGAGCCCUCACCCAGGUGAAGGAGCUGGGCGUGGCCAUCUACAACUGCAGCUGCUUGGCCCAGGACCUGGGCAAACUCUUUGAGGUCUACUGGGCCCUGGGGCUGCCCAACGCCACCCUCCCCUCGCCCUGGCCUGCCAACUUCUCCACCCCCUACAACAAGGAGACCCCCCUGGCCCUGCAGCUGAAUGGCACCGACGCCGGCGUGUAUCUUUCAAGCUCCCCACCAGCGCUGUGUCCUACGGGGCGGACCAGAGACCUCGAGGCCGUGCUGAGCGUCAUCGACGGGGCCCAGGAGUUUGUCUACGUGGCUGUCAUGAGCUACUUGCCCACCAUGGAGUUCUCGCACCCCAGGAGGUUCUGGCCGGUGAUCGAUGACCACCUCCGGAAGGUGGCCUAUGAGCGGCGAGUUCGUGUCCGCCUCCUGGUUGCCUGCUGGAAGCACACCAAGGCUGCCGUGUUCCCCUUCCUGCGCUCAUUGGCAGCUAUGCAGGACCAUCGCACCGGCUACAGCAUCGAAGUGAGGCUCUUUGUGGUCCCAGCCAAUGAGACGCAGGCCCAGAUCCCCUACGCCCGGGUGAACCACAAUAAGUACAUGGUGUCAGACCAGGUGGCCUACAUCGGCACCUCCAACUGGUCCGGGGACUACUUCCUCCACACGGCCGGGUCUGCUCUGGUGGUCAAUCAGAGCCAGGUGGAAGACAGCAACCAGCCAACUGUCCGUGAUCAGCUGGAGGCCGUGUUUGAGCGGGACUGGAAUUCACGCUACAGCCGGGAGCUGAGCUUGCUGGGCCAGCCGGAGGAUCUGUGCGGGGGCCACUGACCGCAGGCUCCCACCUCUGGCAGGACACUGUCAUCUCCUGAGGAAGGCCAGAGCGUCGCUUGUCCCACGCUCAGAGGAACAGCCGGCCUUCCCAGGGCCAGGGGAAACUGCCCUCCUGGGAGCAAACCAGGCCCUGCGGCAGCAGCAGCCUCUUGGGGGGGGGGCAAAGUGUCGAGUGAGGGGAACAGAGAGCCUCCCUCCUCUUCCUCUUCCAGCCUCCCAUGCUGCUGCUGUGCUGCUGGAAAGCAGAGAGCUCAGCCUGCUACAGGGGGAGGGGGGGAGGCAUCCUGCCUGCCUUCCAAAGGAUUUUCUUUUAGGGGAGGGGUAAAGGGUCAAGCCAAGGGCAAGGGAGGGGGUCUUCUCUCUCUUUCUCUCCUCCCGUUUCAACACACACACAAGGAACCAGUGCAGAGAGGGAGUUCGCCAUCCCAGCAGCGCAACUCCCCACUGGAGUCUGUGGCUGUUCCUCCCCUCAUCCACAACAAAUACAGAAGACCCUGGUUGGGCGCUGCUUAAAGAAAGCCAGCCAGACCGCCUUACUCUUAUGGCACCUCUGUGCUGAAGAUAAAGGGUGGAGACCCCUGCCUGUCUGUCUCCCUGAGCUCUAGAUGGCUUACUCAGAACACUCUGAAGAAAACUUGGUUGGGCUAAACGGUGCUUCUGCUUUGUUCUGCCUGAGCACGAGGAACGGGCAGAGUUGGGGAGUCCAGCUGCAGCCAGACUGACCGGGCUCUCUGAGCACCUUGAAGAAAGGCCAGGAUCGGGCCGCAGUGGGUCCUCAUGGGAGGGAAUCUCGGUCUAGGUGGGUUUUAGAAGCCCGGAGCAGGUUUGGCUCUUCAGUGGCCUCAAAGGACCUGCCCCACACACUUGAGACCCCCAAGGCAACACUGGGGCAGGCCUCCGUGUGUUCUGCUGGGGGGCCUUGGGGGUGCACCUACUCAUUGCAGCCCUUCCAGCGCUGGCAGAAGGGCCUUUGAAUGAAUGCCUGAAGCCCCUCUGAUUAGAACUAGGUCCCUUGUGUUAAAGUGUGGUCUGAAUGUUUAUUCCGUUUUAAAUUUUCCUGUAACGGUUCUGUUGGCCCUGUGUGUUAGUGCUGUGGGUUCCUGGAACAUAUUUUGUACUGAACAGCACACCUCCCAAAAUAAAUGUGUUCAUUGGCA